UAAAGCGCAUGUGCAAAAUCAAUAGCUUCGACUUUGCACACGUCACAUACUAAAUUGUACAAACUACAUUUGGAAGGCGUCUACAAACAAGGCAAAUAUGAGAUUGGUGAAAGGAACAAGGAUAUCAAAUGUCAAGCAGAUGUCUCCUUAUAGGUUAGCCAUUGCUCUUGCUAUGUUUGUGCUCUUGUCAUUGUACUUGCUGAAAAAAACCUGGAAUGCAAAUGAGUUAUUGAUGAGACAAAGAAAAGAAAGGUUUCGCAUUCUCUGGUACAACCCAACUGAACAUUUAACAGUACGUCAUACGGAUGCGUUUAAUUGUGGAUUUGAAAAGUGCAAAUACAAUAACUGUAUUAUGACUGUAAAAACAUCAGAUGCAAAUAUCAGUCAGGCUAUCAUUUUUGAUGGUCGUAGAAUGCCAGAGAAUGUAAACUUCACUCGUCCAAAUGGCCAGAUAUGGAUUUUUGCAGCUCACGAAGCUCCUAUUUCAUACGGCGACACAGGGACAUGGUGGUAUAGUAAUAAAGACUACUCCUUCAACUGGACGAUGACUUAUGACAAAGAUAAUUCUGACAUAUAUUUGCCAUACGGAGAAAUACUGAAACACAAAACAGAAGUUAUAAGGGACUACGAAUCAAUUUCACAAAAGAAAAACAAAACUCUCUUAAUAAUAGUUUCUCAUUGUAGUGUCAGGUCUAAACGUCAGGAAUAUGUAAAUAAGUUAAAGGAAUAUGUUGACGUUGAAGUCUUGGGAAACUGUGGGGAAAAGUGGACAUGUGGUACUAACCUCAAACACGACGAAGACUGCUUUAAACUUUUAAAUACAACAUUUAAGUUUUACUUAGCCUUCGAAAAUGCGUUUUGUCAUCAAUAUAUAACAGAGAAAUUUUACGAUAAUUUCAAUUAUGAUCUAAUUAUGUUGGUACGUGGUGGAAGCCCUGGCGAAACGAAACAAAUAUUUCCCAAGGGAACAUUUGUAUCCACCGAUGAAUUCGAAUCCGUUCAAGAUCUUGCACACUUUCUUAAACAUAUCAGUGUUGAAACGUAUGCCUCAUAUUUAAAGCGGAAAAGUCAAUAUUACUCAGCUGGGUAUUUGUAUGUAUAUCAAAGAGCUAUGUGCAACCUAUGUGAAAGGAUGAAUAAUCAGAGCAAAUAUGCAAAAGAAAUCACAGAUAUAAAGGAAUGGGCAUAUGGCCCUAAACCUUGCAUGGAUCCAAAUGACGUGACAGAUGUGCGAUGAAUGAACGUUAAACAGCAGUUUAAAUUUGUAUACAUAAGUGUGUUUUUAUGAUUUAUUUUUAUGACGACAAUAAGGAAUCACCCAUAGUUUGUGUGAAAGGAUAAUUGUUCAACAAUGAUCAAGCAAGUAUGCAAAAACUAUCACAAAUGUAAAUAAAUGAAUGAGCAUUUAUUCUUUUCCAUGUAUUAAUCAAAAUUACAUGUAAGUUCGCAAAGAACUAUUUUUAAUGUCUAUUGAAUAUGUUUUUAAUGCAUUCAUUUUCUAGCAACCUUUAAUUUUAAAAUAAAUAAUGAAUAUACGCGUGUUUGAAGUGUAAGUCACAAAAUUGAUAGGUAGAUUUAAUGUUGCUGAAAAACUUUUUGCGUAAAUGUUGCAAUUUAUCAAAAUUUGUAGAGAACUUAUAACAACCUCAUCUAAACACAUCUGCGGAUGUGCAACAUUUUCCCAGUUCAUGCAAAAUGUGAAUUCUAAUUUGGCCGGUGCUAGCAGACGUGAAAGGUGUCUUGCUUGUUCAUGAAUAAAUCAAUCAAGCCGAGCCUGCAACAUUUUCAAAUUUGUCGUAGUGGGCGAUCUUAAGGAUUUAAUUUUUCUUUUGUUCAUUUCCCAGAUUUUGUUAUGUUUAAAAUGAAUGAACAUAAUUUUCUCGUUAAGUAGGAUACUUUUUCCUUUCACUAAAAUUUCCUUUAGUGUUCCUCAUAGGCCGGUCUAAGGACCUCUUCUAUUUUCAAACGUUGUCUUUGGUUUGUUGGUUUGGUUUCCUGUUUCCAAACGUGUUAAUCAAAUUAAUUAUUCACAAUUCUUUAGAAUUGAAGCAGGCACAGCCCCACAUUAUCUUGGUAAGCAUUUUAUUCCCAAUAAGGAUAUCCACAGUUACAACAUUUUUUAUAUUGAAAAAGGGUAUUUUACAGUCUAACAGGUCAGACGUUUCUUAGAAUAUACCUUGUUUGUGUUGUAAACGAGUAAUCAUCUUCAAUUACCUGUGUUUCACAGCCCCAUAAAAUUAGGAUUGCAGUGUAAAGUCAAGUUUUUAUAAUACUUUUAAUCAAGACUUUGAUUUUACAUAACCCAAUGCUAGGGGGGUGUAGCCGGUAACUAGUACUUUCCAAAACCGUCCAUGAACAAACUUUAUCAAAUCGAGCUUGCAACAUUGUCAAUUUUGCCGUGCUGUGCUUGCUUUAGGGAUUUUUUUUCUAUUUUGGUAUAGUGUGUAUAGUUUUAUGCUUUCCAUAUGUCUGAAUUAUUUUCAGUCUCGAACGUUAGUUUGUCACUGAUUGCAUGUAUUUGGUUUGGACUUAAAGUAAAUGUCAUAAAGCGAUACCUUCUUAAUUGGUGGAGGAAAACCUCAGGUACGGCUCUGUAAAUUACAGGCUCGAACGGCACCUGGGUAGAACUGCCGACGUUCAGUUGUCUGGCUGGAUAUGUGCAUAACAGUGAUAUUCAAUAAAAAUUUGUUAGUCUUGUCAUUUUCAAUAAAUGCAUUAUCUGUGAUGUUCUAUUAUUAUUUCACCACCAAGACAUUUAAUAUAUUUUAGUAUGUGCUUUAAAUCUACGAUAUUCUUUAAGGACAAUAUUGGAACUAGAAAGGAUGAAUCCUCUUUUUGUGUUAUCCAGGUGCUGGUAUAUUGUUUUAUCUUUCAUGUACAUUUGAACACUAUACCAUAAACAAACUUGAUACAAAAUGAUAAAUUGUUCAAACAGAGUAUCGACAAAAGAUUAAAUAAGAGUCGAUCUCAAAAUUCCAAUCAAUUUACAUGAUCUCAUGAUAAAAAUAUAGAACAAAUUAAAGGAGCUACUCAUAACAUGAAAACAAUGAUCAACAAAGAAAGAUGGCAUGCAAUGAAAGCAUCCCAAGCCUUAAAAACCUGAAAAGAUGUUAAAGACAUACAUUCAGAAUUUAAAAGAAAAUCGAUAUUUAGAGCGAUUUUAAGUCCGAUCAUGAUAUAUUGUGCCUGAAAAGCUUCUCCAAAUUAAGGUAAUUUUGCCCAAUGAAAAGGAUUAUUUUAAGUGUUGCUAGUGAAAUCUCAAAUAAUGCACUGGAGUAAUGGGUACGAAAUUACAUCAAGACGUAGGUAAAAAUCGAAGGAAAUACUGUAAGUCCUCUCAUGCAAUAAACCUUCAGUGGAUUAUCUUAAAUAAUAAAAGAAACGGCAACAGCCAUCCAUAUGGCAAAUAAGUCGAAAAUAAUAGGGACGGCAUAUGCCGUCCCUAUGGCAGUGAAAGGGUUAACAUUGUUACCUUUAAGCUAUUUGUAGACAUUUAAAUACACAUGACAUCAUGGAUCAUUAUUGUCUUAUGUAGUAAAAUGAUAAUUUUACAAAGUUAAUGUUUUUAACAUCUCUGUGACCCAUAGAUUGAUACAUUCCAUAAUACCUUCAAUAUUUAUCAGUUUAUUGUUAGCUCACCUGUCACAAAGUGACAGGGUGAGCUUUUGUGAUCGCUUUUCGUCCGGCGUCCGUCCGUCCGUCGUCCGUCCGGCCGUAAACUUUUACUUUAAAUGACAUCUCCUCAUAAACCACUAAGCCAAUUUCAUCCAAACUUCACAGGAAUGUUCCUUUGGUGGUCACCUUUAAAAGUUGUUCAAAGAAUUUAAUUCCGUGCAGAACUCUGGUUGCCAUGGCAACCGAAAGAAAAAACUUUAAAUAUCUUCUUUUAAAAAACCAUAAGAGCUAGAGCUUAGAUAUUUGGCAUGAAACAUCUUCUAGUGAGUGUCUACCAAGUUUGUUCAAAUAAAAGCCCUUGGGUCAAAAUUGGCCCCGCCCCGGGGGGUCAUUGAUUUUCCCUAUAUGCAUAUAGUAAAAACUUAAAAAACCUUCUUUUAAAGAACCCAAAGAGCUAGAGCUAAGAUAUUUAGCAUGAAACAUGUUCUAAUGGGUGUCUACCAAGUUUGUUCAAAUGAAAGCCCUGGGGUGAAAAUUGGCCCCGCCCCUGGGGGUCAUUGAUUUUCCCUAUAUGCAUAUAGUAAAAACUUAAAAAAUCUUCUUUUAAAGUACUCAAAGAGCUAUGGCCAAGAUAUUUA